AUGGCCACUGCUUUUCCAGUCUAUGCACUCUUCAUCAUCUUUUCCUUCACCAUUUUCAUCUCCUUACCCUGCUUAUCCAUCAACACCUCUGCUACAAACCCUAAAAACCUUCGAUUCGCCCUAGAUCUCAUCCACCGUGAUUCUCCUCUAUCUCCUUUUUAUAAUCCCCGAUCCACUUUUUGGGACAAAGCUGAGAGACUAUAUGAAAGCUCAAUUGCACGCUAUGCAUAUAUGGCUUCGAAAGGAACAAGUGACAAGUACCGAAUUGAUUCCAAUGUUGAAAAGUUCUUAUACUAUGCAAAAAUCAGAUUUGGUGCACCAGCGGUUGAUCUCUUCGUGGUUGUUGAUACCGGUAGUGAACUUUUCUGGGUCCAAUGUGAGCCUUGCAGCAAUUGCCAGUCACAGACUGGACCAAUCUAUGAUCGCACCAAAUCAAUUACCUAUUCCAACGUAACAUGUGGCUCUUUGGAUUGCAAAUUAGCUCCAAACAUGAAAUGUGAUAGCGAUUAUAAUGUGUGUAGUUACCGAAUUAACUAUGGUGAUGGGAGUUUUAGCAAUGGCCUUGUUGCCAAGGAUGCCCUAUUUUUCAGAAACCCUGGUGGAAGUGUGGUACGCAAGAAUGUAGUCUUUGGUUGUGGUAUUCACAACCAGGUUUCAGCCCAUGGCCUAUUGGGUGGAAUAUUAGGUCUUGCAGCAACCAAAGUAUCAGUGGUCUCUCAGUUAGGUGGAAGAAAAUUUUCUUAUUGCUUGGGCAACUCAAGUGAUCCAUCUUCCAAAGGUAACGUGAUCAUUGGUGAGGAUGCACAUAUUGCUGGCUUCACUACUCCCUUCACAUUUUAUAAGAGUUAUCAAGUCUAUCCUGUUGAGAUUAAAGUGGGAUCAAAAAGUCUUGAUCUUCCUCCAUGGGCAUUUGGUGCACCUGCAAGUGUGAUGUUAGAUAGUGGCACUGCAUACACAUUUUUACCACAAGUAGUACAUGAUAAGAUAGCAGAUGCUAUAUCUCAGACACUCAAAAGCUUCAAGGUCCAACCAAUUCCACCUCCAAUACCAGGAUUGUCAUGCUACAAUGGAAAUAUUGGCAGAGAUUUGAAUGGAUUUCCUACUAUGACUAUUCGAUUUCGAGGACAGGCAGAGCUGGUUUUAGAGAAAUGGAGUAUUUUCAUCCCCAAAGGAGAGGAUUCAUUUUGCUUAGCUUUCGCCCCUGCUGUUGGUCGCAAUUCUGAAAGCUUGAUUGGUGGCAUGGCUCAACAGUUUUACAAUUUUGGGUUUGAUUUUGAUACGAUGGAAUUGUCUAUUAUCCAUUCUGUUUGCAUUUACUGA